AAGUUUUAUUUAUUUAUUUCAACGGUCAUAAUUAAAUUUAGCAAAUUUAAUGUCUUAAAAAACACCAAAUCAGUUGCGCAUCAUCACUCAAACAACACCUAAAUCAAAAAAAAAAAAAAACCAAAAACUAACUGCCUUUGCCCUGUCUGUGUAGUCAGUUUGAGUCUUCUUUUAAUUGGUUACUACUGUAUGUGUUGUUUAAAAUUACUGUUUCCUAUGAAGCUAGAAGUUAACACUACUGCCUUCAAAGAACUGUGAGUCAUUUGAGACUAAGAUUGACCAUAGCCUGGUGAUGUUUUUAGCUAAAGAACUUUGGCUUAAUAUGCUAUUAGUAGAAGGUUUUGGAUUAAAACGCUGAUUUUGGGGCGAAUUGGACCUUAAGAGAGUUGUUCAGGGGCUAAAUUGACUUUUUAAGCCAAUUCCAACGGUAUAAGUAACCAUUUACCGGGAGUCAAUCUUUAAUUUUAAUUUUUAACCCUACCAUUUGAAAGCGGAAGGAGUUAAUGGAGUUGUCGAUGUGCCAAUAUCAGACUAACUAGUUAUUGUGUCGUUGUUUCAAGGACAGCAAUUUUGACAAAUAUUUGGAUUUAGAUUGCAGAGAAAUGAUGAAUAGCGGCACAAAAGCAGCCAUUUUUAUCCCUCAAAGCAAUUGUUUUCAGCUGCGGGCUGCUCUCUUUCAUUCUACUCCUGUCCUUGAACGCAAAAGACGCAAUUUUUGGGAUUGUAGAUCUAAUGGUUAUUCCCGGAGGUCAAGGAAUCUGCACGGAAAGCAGUCAUUAUUGCGGAAUGUCAGUGCUUAUGCAGACUACUUGUUCCAGAGCUGGAAGGAUGAUUUUGAUGAAGAUGAUACAUCUUCUAGCAGAGGCACCUCAUGGUUUAGAAAGCAAUAUUCUAAGGGAUCCAGAAGAAACUCGACUGGCAGUCAGGGAUCCAGGCGUGCGGGUAGAAGUUUCCAGUUUUGCGAAGAUGAGGUUGAUGUCGAGAGCAUAUUCCGAUCUGCAUUUGGUGGGAAUCGAUACUUCUACUGGUCUUUCAUAAACGAAGAAAACCCCCAUUGGAGGAGAUCAUCUAACUACUCUAACUACUAUGAGAGGACCUGGCGACACCGAUUUGAACACGAUUAUGAUUCCUCACCAGAGUCUGAUAGUUUGGGGUCAGAUUUGGCUUCAGAUAGGCUUGCCCUCGGGCUGAGUGCUUCUGGUCCUCUUAAGAUUGAAGAUGUUAAAAAUGCAUAUCGGGCAUGUGCAUUGAAAUGGCAUCCUGAUCGUCACCAGGGCUCUUCCAAGGCUAUUGCAGAGGAAAAGUUCAAGCUUUGCAGUGCAGCAUAUCAAUCUUUAUGCGAUAAGUUGGCCCCCGCAUAGAGAUUGUCCUAAGCAUGUUUGUCUAUACUUGACCUCAAGUCGCUGGAAUUUCCAUGGGCAUGCUAGUAGAUGUAAUGUAGCCAGAGUGAAAUUCUUAUUCAAUUUAACAGUCGAUGAAGUUUCAAGAGGUGAUGGCAGAAUUGGCAUAAUUCUGCCCACGAGGUAUACAGCACAAUAACCAUCUGAUGAUGAUAGCAAUAGCAAUUUUUUUGACCCAAAUGUAUUAAUAAAGGUUUGUAGUCCAUAUAAUCAAGUUAGAUUUUAGAACAAAUUUGGUGAUCCCUAGUGCCAUUAUAGAUUGAUAAUUAUUUUCUGUCACUAGUCUUCAGCAGGACGAGCAUACAGAUAUAUGCGAAUCUCUACUUUCGGAGCUUAAAAUAUCUUGCACUUUUCAUUAUA